CUUUGUGUUUCAGAACCUCAUUGUAACUACAGGAGAUGUAUUUACUACCAUAAAUGUACAGUUGUGCUCGCAGUUGCCCUUCCAGUUGUGUCCUUAUGUCUCAUCAUCGCUGUUAUUGACCUGGCAGUGUUGCUGUCUAGGCGUCCUCCAGCUGCCCUGGGCCCCUGCUGCCCGGACGGCUGGGUCGGAUACCGAGGGAAAUGCUACUAUUUCUCAGAGGCCGAAGGGAACUGGAACAACAGCCAGAGCAACUGCUCCUCCCUUGGUGCCUCCCUGGCUGGGAUCGACACCCUGCAGGACCUGGCUUUCCUGCUGCGCUAUAAAGGCAAACCCCACCACUGGGUCGGCCUCCGGAGGGACCCGGGGCAGCCCUGGAAAUGGGUCAAUGGCACCGAAUUCAACCACCUGUUUGUGAUAACAGCAGAUGGUGACUGCGCGUAUCUGAAUGAUGAGAAUAGGGUCAGCAGCUUGCGAUGCACCAGUGAGAGACACUGGAUCUGCAGCAAACCUGAUGCGUUUACAGAGGCAAAGGAGGUGGCAGUGGAAGGGGGCUCAUAACAAUAGUCUAUCAAAAUUAGCCCUGGAAAAGCCUGUUCACUCCCUUCCAGGAGCUCAUUGGGUUGGAAGUGGCAGGGAGGGGGUAGGUGUGACACUGGCAGACCAGGUACCAGCUCAUGCCAAAGUUCCCAUGUCUCAGUAAGACACUGACAAAUACUCAGCUGGGGUCAGGCUGGCUCACCUGUGUGUUAAAAUAGGUAUUAGCAUUAUAUCACUGAGACUUGCACUGUUUCAAUAUUGUAACUUCUGUUCACUGUUUGCCAUAUUGUAAUUCAAAUCCCAUUUUAAAACGCUCACUCCAUUUUGUAAAAGCUUCCUCCAACCUUCCUUUUUGCAAACCCUGCUGUAAUCUUAUUAGUUUAGGUUAGAUGUGUGGCUGAGGUACGUAUGGAUGAUGGAAUCAACCUCCAGCUCCAGCCUGUCCUGAUGAAACAGAGUUCAAGCCCCACCUGCUGAAGAUGCAGACAAGAGCCCUAACAAAGUAGGAAGAGUCCACCCUAAGAAGAA